AUGGCCUAUCUGUUCGGCUGGAAGGACAUACUCAGACCAAUUCGUGAUGGCUAUCGACAUCUGUUUCCAGUCCCUGACACUGGACCAACGCCUGAAGAGCGGCGCAAACAGCGUGAACUUGAUCGACUGAAGGGCUUCACCUACUUUGAUUCUUUUGAACAGCUCGACACUUGGACGGAAAACGAGUCUGAUCCGCUCCAAAGAGCUAACACGCCACUGUUAUCACGUCGCCAAGUCCCGAGGACAGAUGAUGAAAGGGCAAACGUUUUGCUUAUUCACGACUAUUCAGGCAAUUACCACGACUAUGAGAGCAUUCAAUCAUCUGCAUUGGCGAAAGAGUUGUACACUUGUGAAUACCUGCAAUAUGUCGACAAGUUCAUCUACUUUUCUCAUAAGCUUGUCUGUGUACCACCACCUACUUGGACCAACGCACUGCAUCGCAACGGCGUGAAAGUCUUAGGGACAGUCUUGGCAGAGCCACAGACAAAGGACACAGAACGUUUGCUCGAGCAUGUAACAAGCGCGAAUGACAUUAUAUUCCCAAUGGUGAAGAAAUUAGUCGCUAUCGCUGAGCAUCAUGGGUUCGACGGCUACCUCAUCAACAUUGAGAAACCUUUUUCUGGCGAUGUUUGGGACCCGAAGUUGCUGCAAUCUUUCUUGGGCCAACUGAAGAGCGGCCUAGGUGAAUCGAAGCAACUCAUUUGGUAUGAUGCAUUGACAAUCUCAAACAAAAUAUCUUACCAGAAUGCACUCAAUACUGCCAACAUGACAUUUGCAAAAGCUUGUGGUAGCAUACUAACAAACUACUGCUGGUCAGAAGCUGAUGCGAAGUCUUCUCAGCAACUCGCAUUUCGCAACGACAUGCUACUAGUGAAUAUCUUCUUCGGUCUCGAUGUGUGGGCACAAAAUGCUACGACACUAUCCCACCCACGUGUCACCUACCCUGGUAGGGGCGGUGGCGGUACAAAUACUGGGGUAGCGGUAGCCAAGCUGGCGAGUCUCGGGCUGUCAGCAGGUAUUUUUGCGCCCGCGUGGUCGUUUGAGCAUUUCGCUAGCCACGGACGUGAGAUGGAAAGAACAGUAUGGGAAGGUGAAAAGCUUCCUCCCGACAUCGAAUGCGCUUGUGGGGAUUGCGCUGUACGACAUCAAGCAAACGAGCAGCAUGCAGUUGUCAAGCAUGCACGAGAAUUCCCUGCUGGCUCAGAAAGCUUCUUCUACACUGACUUCAACCGCGCCUUCAGUAAACUAGGCGAAAAGGAGACGGAAGUCUUUGGCGGCCGCACCAUACACACGCAUCUGAGCCAACAAUCGAUACUGCCGUGCUCAGGUUGUGUUAGUAAUGAAACUAUUACGUUGACACAUUUCCUGAACGAGACGGCUGUUGAAACUGCCCUAGUAAUCAAGGCAGCGACCAUAUCGCUUCCAGCAAAUACAAGAAUCAAGCAAUCAGAUCCUUGGCUAUAUCUUCCUCUCUACAAACUUAGCAUGCCCUUGACCAGGAAGCUAAUUCUCCGCUCAGCGGUUCGUAAGCCCGCAUUUCCUUCAGGAAUGGAAAUUGAGUUAUACAUCAGAACGACCCGGCAGUGCCAAGGUGUGCCAAUCACAAGAACUAGACUGGGGCUUCAUGUCAACGCUAUCCUCGGCGGUGAAGCAAUGACUGCAGAGGACACAGUCACUGAGUUGGGUGUCCGCGCCCGCGGCAUCGCUACCACCAAAGGCCCCGCACAUGUUCUUUGGAUUUCUUCAAUUUGCAUCACACCAGACGAAGUCAGAGAUACCCUGCCCAAGUGCAACAUCACCAACGUUCACAUCAUCAGUCGAGGCGGGGAGGAGAACCCACAAUUGAGGCUAAAAUGGACUUGUGAGGGCGCCGACAGCUUGAUGGCGGAAAAAGGCAUGCCAUAUAGUGAUAUCACGGGCGUAUUCGCGUACUUUGAAAUCGAAGUAGAUGGCCUGGGUUUGGGGCGAGCGUAUGCACUAGAACACAUUGUUAAUGCAGAAGUUAUAGCCAUAGCCGGGGAGAGAGAUGUAGCAGUCAAGAUCGCCGGUAUUGGGUUCGACGGGCGAAGGCUUGCUGAAUCGAGCGGAGACUUGUCUUUACAGCCACGCGGUGAGGACUCUGAAUGGGUCGAGGAUGAAAGCGGAGUCAAGUGA